GCCUGGUCCUGCAAAGAGGACAGUAGUUCUUACAUAUAUUGACCAUGAGCAGCAGGUUACGUUCAGUGAUGCAGAAAGGCAAGCGAGCCGGACUGGAGGUGCUAGAAACAGCUGUAUCGAACAGGAAGAAGUCAAAGGCAGCUAUCAAACAAGAAACAAGCACCACAGCCUCAUCCUCAGUGUCUUUAUACCACACUUUUCCUGAUCCUGCUGAUGUUGUGCGGCUGCGCUCUCAGCUCCUCGGCUGGUACGACAAAGAGCAGAGAGAGUUACCAUGGAGGACUCUGGCCUUGACAGAGUCAGACCCAAACAUCCGGACAUAUGCUGUGUGGGUUUCAGAAAUCAUGCUGCAGCAGACUCAAGUUGUCACAGUAAUAGACUACUACAAUAAAUGGAUGAAGAGGUGGCCCACGGUGCAGGAUCUUGCUGCGGCUACAUUAGAGGAGGUGAACCAGAUGUGGGCAGGACUGGGCUACUACUCUCGUGGAAAACGACUGCAUGAGGGAGCACAGAAGGUGGUGACAGAGCUGAAGGGACAGAUGCCUCGGACAGUCGACAGCCUGCUGAAGCAGCUGCCUGGGGUGGGACGCUACACUGCUGCAGCUGUAGGCUCUAUUUCACUGGGGCAGGUAACUGGGGCUGUGGAUGGCAACGUGAUUCGGGUGCUGUGUCGCCUGAGGGCCAUCGGAGCUGACAGCACGAGUCCCGCAGUAACAGAGGCGCUCUGGAGUCUAGCCAAUAUGCUGGUGGAUCCAGAGAGACCGGGAGACUUCAACCAGGCCAUGAUGGAGCUGGGAGCACGGGUCUGCACCCCUAAAGGGCCACUGUGCAGUCAGUGUCCUGUACAGUCUCACUGCCGCUCUUAUUACAAGGUUCAUGUCAGACAACAGCGGAUCUCUCAGAAACUUUUGGGGAAGCUGGACAGGAAGACUUCUGACCUCCCUGAUAUAGAAGACUGCAUGAACAGUGGAACGUGCCCGCUGUGUCCCACCGAGCCUUGGGACGAUGAGCUGGGCGUUCACAACUUCCCCAGAAAGCCGGCGAAGAAGCCUCCCAGAGUGGAGCGAACUCUGACCUGCAUUGUGACGAGGCCCGGGGAGGAGGGAGAGGACGAGUACCUGCUCAACCAGAGACCAAACAAAGGCUUGCUAGCAGGUUUGUGGGAGUUUCCAAGUCUUCUGCUGGAGGGAGAAAACUCUGAGAUGAAACAAAAGACGGCGUUGUGUAAUGAAAUCGGCAGAAUUCUGGGAACUCACUUGACAGAAAGCCUCCUCCAGUACGUGGGAGAGGUGGUUCACAUCUUCUCCCACAUCCACCAGACGUAUGUGGUUUACAGUGUGUGCGUGAAGGAGGGUGACACGCAGGCUGAAAACACACAGUGGCUCAGCAGGGGUGCUCUGCAGGAGGCCGCUGUGUCCACGGGACUGAAAAAGAUUGUGAAGCUUUAUGAUUCUGUUGAUGGGCCAAAAGAUAAAACCCUGAAGGAUGGAACGAGGCAAAAGCGCACAAGCACAAAGAAUGAGGAGAAGAAACGGCAGGCCUCAAAAAAACCCAAACUGAGUGCAGCUAACAGCGGAGGCAGACAGCUCUCCCUCAGCUCCUUCUUCAAGACGGUGAAAGAAGAAAGUUGAAACUUGAUGCUGAUUCACAGUGAAUCUGUAUUUUCAGCCAAUAAGUAUGACAUUACUGUAACUUGGAUGUGUUGUAUUUUAUAGUAAACAGAUGAAAUGACUAAAAUUGUGUAAUUUUCCGAAAUUUUUAAGGUCCCAGUUGUGUAUGUACCUUAUUGUCUGAGCAUCGCUAUAGUGUCUACCUCAGUAGAUGUAGAUGUUUUUUAUUGCUACUAUCACUGUAUUAUUCUAGUAAUGACUAUACCUCUGUACAACACAACUCGUUUGGAGUGCUGCAAAAUUGGUAGGUGAUUUAAAGUCAAUACAUGUCAGGGUAUCACAUGUUCCAUUCCCAAUAUGUAAAAUGAUUCUCAUGUUUGUUACCACAAUAAAGGUCCAAAUGCAACACAAAUACCAGUCUA